CCUGGACGAGGAUCUUCACCAUCCUUUGUCUCUGUUGCGCAGCAGAGAUGAAAAGAGUGGUUUGGAAAAAAGUUGGACAAUCCCUUACAAUCCAGUGCAGGACUGAGUCUGAUCAAGAUUUUCUGAAUUUAAAAAUGGAGACUGCCAAUGAGGAAACUGACAUUGUUGGUAUAGACAAAGCCACAGAAAAAAGAAUUGUUCUUCAAGGAUUGACAGAAAAAGUUCAGACUUAUGGAGCAUUUCCCAAUGUGGAUAUCAUCAUUAAAAACUUGAACGGAAAUGACACAGGAUCAUACUGGUGUCUGUAUUCAAAAACGAGCGAAACAUUUAAUCAACAAAUAACAAAAGGUGACGGAUCUGUGCUGCUCUUUGUGACAGAAACAAAAGAGGUGAUUUGGAGAGAGUCGGGACAAUCCGUUACGAUCCAGUGCAGAAUUAAUACUGAUCAAGAUUUUCUGGUAUUGAAAAUGGGCCUUAUCGAGGAGACUGAGGUUGCCUUUAUCAACAGAGCCUCUAGAAAAAUACAUUUUCAUAAAGGAAUCGCAGGAAGAGUUCAAACAAGUGGAACAUUCCCAAGUGUGGAUAUUGUAAUUGAAAACUUGAAUGGAAGUGACUCAGGGCCAUACUGGUGUGUGUAUUCAAAACUAGAUGACAACUACCAUCCACUGGUAACAAAAGGUAAUGGAUCUGUUCUUCUAAUGGUGACCGGAUAUACUCGUGAAUCAACAACGACCAUUAUGGGAGAGGCAAAAUGUGAUGCAUCAAGUCUUUCUUUGGUUGUGGUUUAUGUUCGCAUCAUCGUCAUUGUUCUGAUUGGCCUCAUGCUAGGUUUUAGCAUUUUGAUCAUGCACAAGAGUUGCAACAAACAACCACUUGAAUUGCGUUGUGAUGAUUUUAAUGAAAAAAGAAAAACAUACAAGUCUGGAGACAUGAAACACAGGAUAUCAAGUGUGGACAAAAAACAAACAAUGAGCAAAAGAAUGGAGAAACAGGUGAUGGAGCCAAAUGGAAAUUAGACAUUGAAACAAAACUAAAAUUCAAAAUAUAAAUACUGAGAUGUAAAGUGACACAAGAAACAGACAGACCAAUCAGGGGAUUGGUCUGUCCCUGACAGACCAAUCUGUCUGUCAGAUUGACUGAGAGUAAAAGGAUCUGGAAACCAAAGUGCAAAAUCUCACAAAUCUGACAUGACAAUCACAUCUAAAGGAAUGAAUUACAAAUAUGCAAGAAACACAACACAAAAAUAAGAAACUAAGCAUAAAGGAAUGAACUAAUCUGGCAACACCUUAAAAGUAAUGAUAAACACAGAGAAAUGAACAGAAUGGCCAGACUUUUGAACACAAAUGACCCACAGGAGAAAAUUAUUAUUUUUGUUAUUAUUUUUUUUACACUCAAUUAUUAUAUUUACACAAACAAAAGAUAAAACUCAAACACAACAUGAUAUUCUUUUGAUCUGUUUUGGUUGCAACAAAGAGAUUACCCACAUUAUUUUACUCCGAGAAGGAGACAGGGGAUAAUCUUUGACCACAGCAAAACAAGAAGGACUGACAUAUACAUUAUGUGAGUAUCAUGCUGAUCCCCACAUGAUGCCGCCCUGGGUGGUUACCCAUUACGCCCAUAUUGAAAACCGCUAACUUUAAGUCUUCCACUUGUCUAGGUUCUGUUUAGAGUUGCAAUACUUAGCCUCUUUACUUUUCUUUGUGGAUCUUAGUUCCUGUCAAAAGUUUUCUUGCUCGCUUCGUGUCCUGUUUAUAUUGUAUAACUUGUUUCUGAGUUUUGUCAUUUCUCUGUAUUUUCAGUCAUUCUUUUGUUGGGCUGUUAGCUGUAAUCUUUGGUUCCAGUGUUUAUUUUGUGUCUAUUUCUCUUCAGCUCUCCUGAAUUCCCCACAGUAUUGUCUUUCUUCUGGUUUGUCUUUGCUCAACUCAUUACUACACUUGUUUACUUUUAACCAGUAAUAAAAAUUUUUUAUCUAAUGAUCUAAGCAAUAAUAAAAUUGUUAGAUAUGACAACAGCAGCAGCAUGAUCCUGCUGUUGUUCAUACUUGUCAUUUCACUGUUAUUUGUAAUUCCUGUCGCUAGUUUUUUUAUGCCUCCUGCAUUUUGGAUUUUGUUGUUUCCAGUUUCAAUUUUUGCAUUAAACCUUUUUACUCAGAGCUCAUCUCGCCUCCUGCAUAGCUGCAUAUAGACUCUCUCAUCACACCACUUACUGUCAACAUUUCAGCUAUUGUAUAUAUUUGUAGAUAAUUUCUUUCGGUAGUUAUUCUGUGAUCCAGUUGUAACUAUGCUAUGGUUUUACUUUUCAUUCAUAAAUGUUUUGCACAUGUUUUUUUUUAAAUUUGUUUUUCAUUAAAUUUAGCCUGUUUGAGGUC